AACCAGUUGAUCAGGAUGAGUAUCUUGGCCCCACCAACGCUCCUGGAGCUGGCAGGGAAGAACCUGCUGAAGAAUGAGUCCUUGGCCAUCGCCGCUCUGGAGGAGCUGCCCAAGGAGCUCUUCCCACCACUCUUCUUGGCAGCCUUUAAUGAGAAGUCUAGAAAUACUUUGAAGGCGAUGGUGCAUGCCUGGCCCUUUGCCUGCCUCCCCCUGGGGGCUUUGAUGAAGGGACAAGAAAUACAGAAGGAGACCUUUCAAGCUGUGCUUGAUGGGAUCGAUGCCCUGCUCGUCCAGGAGAUUUGCUCCAGGAAAUGCAAACUGCAAGUUCUGGAUUUGCGCAGAAAUGCUCAUCAGGACUUCUGGAGCGUAUGGUCCAAAGCUGAGUAUGAUGCAGGCCAGCCUCCAAAGAAGAAGCAGAAAGUGGGUGAUGACACCUGGUUAGGCAUGAAGCAGACCGUGGCUCCCAUGGAGGUACUUGUAGACCUGUGCCUCAAAGAAGACACCUUUGAUGAAGUGCUGGACUGCCUCCUUGAGAAAGUCAAGAAGAAGAAAGGGUUGCUGCGCCUGUUGUGUAGAAAGCUGAAGAUUUUUGCGAUGCCUUUGCAUGAUAUUAAGGUGAUUCUGAAGAUGGUGCAACUAGAAUCUAUCCAGGAUGUAGAGGUGAAUUGCACCUGGAAGUUGUCCACACUGGGGAAGUUUGCUCCUCUCGUGGGGCACAUGUUUAAUCUGCGACGCCUCCUCAUCUCUCACAUCCACUUACUUCCCUGUGCAUCUCCUGAGCAGGAAGAGGAGUGGGUUGGCCGGUUCGCCUCUCAGUUCCUCACUCUGCACCAUCUUCAGGAGCUCUACCUUGACUCUAUCUCUUUCUUGAAAGGCCGCCUGAAUCAGCUGCUGAGGUGCCUAUCAAGCCCACUGGAGACCUUGUCCAUCACCAACUGCCUGCUUACGGAAUUAGACCUGGAGCAUAUGUCCCUGUGCACCAACCUCCGUAAGCUCAAAGAUCUGGGUCUCAGCAGCAUCACCUUGACCAAAGAGUGCGUGAAGUCCCUGGGAGUCCUACUCGAGCACACCUGUGUCAGCCUCCAGGAUUUGGAUUUAGAUGAUUGUGGAAUCACCGAUCCCGAGUUCAAUAUCAUUCUGCCUGCUCUGAGCCGCUGCACCCAGCUCACAACCUUUAGUUUCUGUGGUAACCGCAUCUCCAUGGUCGUGCUGGAGAAGCUCCUGGAGCACACCAUUGGGCUGAGUCAUCUCAGCCAUGUGCUGUAUCCUGCUCCGCUGGAGAGCUACGAGGAUGAGCAAGGCACCCUCAACCUGGGCAAGCUUGUCCACCUGCAUGCCAAGCUGAAGCAGCUGCUUCAAAAGUUUGGGCGGCCCGGCAUGCUCUGGUUCAGUGCCAACCCCUGUCCUCAUUGUGGGGACAGGACCUUCUAUGAUCCAGAGCCCAUCCUGUGCCCCUGUUACAGGUCAACCUAA